GGUCACCUCCAUCCGCCAGACAAACAAGCAAGCGUGCCGAGGCGCACCACCCGAGCACGCACGCACGCAUCACUCUCCUCUCCGGAGCAACGGCGGCCGUGCCUGCCACGCGCGCGCGAGCGUACGUACACAUGGGAGAAGAGGUCGCCUCCACCGCUGCGCCGGCGUCGCUCUCGUCGGCGUCCUCGCUGAUGGCUGCGGCGGCCGUGAAAGGGAACGAGGAGCGGUACGUCAUGGUGGCGUCGAGGUUCUUCCGGGUGAAGCCGGCCGCCGUGGCCGGCGCUGCCCGCCACCACCACCACUUCCUCGACUCCUGCUUCCUCUGCAAGAGGAGCAUCUCCCGCGACCGCGACAUCUUCAUGUACAAGGGUGACGCGGCGUUCUGCGGCGAGGAGUGCAGGCAGGACCAGAUGGCCAUGGACGAGGCGCUCCACGCGGCGGCGCGCCGGCACCGCAAGCAGGCCGCGGCAGAGCAGGCCGCCGGCACCGCGCGCCGCGAGGUGGCGGGCGCGACGACGGCGUCGAUGAUGCACCGCCGGCCGACCAUCGCCAACCUCGGCGCGGUGGCGCGCACUCCCGUGGCCGCCAGCUAGUUGUAGGUUGACGGCGAGCGGGUGCAGCUGCGCAUGCACCAUGGAUCGAUCUUCCUUGGCUAUAGAUCGCUAGGUGGCUAAAAAACGAACUGAUGUCAUAACAGCGGUUCGACCGAAUGCUAGCAAGCAAGAGGGGAGAGAUGUAUAGUUAAGAAGACAUGGAUCUCAAGAAUGUUUUCCUGCGUGUUAUUGCUGCGUAUGCUAAAGUAAAGUGGGUCAUCAGCUCCAUACUACUAGCUGGAGUUCAUCGAUCUAGCUCUCGAGUGAUCAGAGUCUUCUUCAGCGCAAAUUAAUCUGAGCGUGUGUUCUUCUUCUCAAUGAUAUGAUAUCCUGCUUCCUCUUGU